CGGACCGAGGCGGGAAGGAAGCACACUUGCAAGGCGGAGGAGAUGGAGGACAAAGAGAAAAAGAAGAAGGAUAAAAACUCCAGUAGCGACAGAGUCACUCUGAAAAAAGAAAUUGGACUUUUGAGCGCUUGUGCUAUUAUCAUCGGGAACAUCAUUGGCUCUGGCAUAUUCAUCUCACCUAAAGGAGUGCUGGAACAUGCAGGCUCCGUGGGGCUGUCACUCAUCGUCUGGGUUUGUGGAGGGGGGAUCUGUGCCCUGGGGUCCAUGUGCUACGCCGAACUGGGUGUGACCAUCCCAAAGUCUGGAGGAGACUAUUCAUAUGUGACAGAAAUCUUUGGAGGGCUGGUGGGCUUCCUGUUGUUGUGGAGUGCUGUCCUCAUUAUGUAUCCAACCACGCUGGCAGUCAUCGCUCUCACCUUCUCCAAUUACGUCUUGCAGCCAGCCUUCCAGGACUGCCUGCCUCCAUACAUCGCCACCAGACUCCUCGCCACCAUCUGUAUCUUAUUCCUUACCUGGGUGAACUGCUCCAGUGUCCGUUGGGCGACAAGGAUUCAGGAUGUUUUCACUGUGGGGAAACUCCUCGCCCUGGUACUCAUCAUAAUAGUCGGACUCGUCCAAAUCUGUAGAGGUCACUAUGAUGCUCUGCGGCCCAGCGUGGCCUUUGAGUUCAGCCAGGACCCCUCAGUGGGACAGAUAGCGCUGGCCUUCCUUCAAGCCUCGUUCGCCUACAGCGGCUGGAAUUUCCUUAACUAUGUCACAGAGGAGGUGGUGGAGCCACGCAAGAAUCUGCCCCGUGCCAUUUACAUUUCUAUCCCACUGGUGACCCUCGUCUACACUAUGACCAACAUUGCCUACUUCUCCUCCAUGACUCCCGAGGAGCUGCUGGCCUCCAAUGCCGUGGCAGUGACAUUUGGGGAGAAGUUACUAGGGAUGUUUUCUUGGGUAAUGCCGAUCUCUGUAGCACUGUCUACCUUUGGAGGCAUCAACGGAUAUCUGUUCACCUCUUCAAGAUUGUGUUUCUCAGGAGCCAGAGAGGGUCACCUGCCCUAUCUGCUCGCUAUGAUCCACCUAAAGAACUGCACUCCGAUCCCCGCCCUGCUGGUCUGCUGCUUUGCCACCAUAAUCAUCCUGUGCAUUGGAGAAACACACGCCCUGAUCAACUAUGUGUCCUUUAUCAAUUAUCUGUCCUAUGGAGUAACCAUUGCUGGCCUCCUCUACCUCCGCAAGACGAGACCCAACCUGCUCAGACCCAUCAAGGUGAGCAUGUUGAUCCCCAUCACCUACUUGAUAUUCUGGGCUGUGCUGCUGGGCUUCAGCCUGUACUCUGAACCAGUGGUUUGUGGCCUGGGAAUGGUCAUCAUGCUGACUGGAGUCCCGGUUUACUUUGUGGGUGUUCGGUGGAAGGACAAACCCAAAUGUCUCUACAGGCUAGUUGAAAAAGUCACAUACAUGGGCCAGAAGCUGUGUUAUGUGGUGUUUCCUCAGGGAGACCCUUCAGAGACUGAACCCCUCACUGCCUCCAAAGCCACUGACUGAGCAGUGCAGUCAAUGAGGAAUUCCCUUUUUUUUUUUUUACAUCAACGCCUGUUCGCCAAGUUUUUACAGUUUUUUCAAAUUGGUCAGUUUGUGGAUGGUGAAGAGAUGGCUUUCGUCCAUGUUCUUGCACAGGUGCAGCCUGGCUGGGGCUGCGAUGAAGCUCCAGUAUAAAAGAAGCGGAUGCUUACUCUUAGGGCAUUAGCAUGUUAAACCCUAAAGCUGCGGGAUAUGUUUUUAUUUGCUGGUUGUUACUGGUCCUCUUUGAUAUGGAUCUUUAUCUCGUCUUCUCCCUUCUACUCACUCAAAGAACCUCCAUGACUCAUCCUCUGCUUCACUUCUAAGAUAUUCUUCUUUUAUGACUUUAACUAAAUCCUUGAGCUAAUGUGCCUUAUGAAAUGUAUGUGCUGGUAUAGUGUUUUGGUUUGCGCGGGUAUUUUCAUUGAUUAAUAACUUUUUUUGAGGUAAAUAUGCAAGCAGUUUCUGCACUAAGCAAUACUUCUUUCUUACUGCUGCUCCCUUCAGCUGUGUUCCACUAAUUAUUCACAUGAUGUUUUCUGUUUGUCAGCUUGGAUGAGUGUUUUUCUGCCUGUAUCUCUGCCUGGCUACAGUUUAUGGCUAUUCUUGCUACUUUACAUCCCAUUCUCUCUUUUUUUUAUUACUGCAUCACUAUUUUCUCCUGAGAGAUACUGUAGGUGCCUUCAUGUUAUUAGAAAGAUCAUCUACACUACACCUAUCGCUCCCAGCAAUAUUUACAGCACAAGAGACAGGAGGAUGACAGGAAGUUGGUGGUUGUCAGCUGGAAAAAUGGUUCUUGCUUCUCUCAGAAAUGAAUAAGCUGCAUCAUUACAACACAUGUCGACAGGCUGUUGGAAAUGUUCUCACCUUUAGAAAUGCCACUGUGAACUCUUUCAAGGUGCUUGACCUGCCAAGACAUUAGAUUUCAGAUUUCUCACCUGAUGUUAUGAUACAGCGCUUACCAUUAACAUGCUGCUGGAUAACAUAACCAGAAUCCCUAUUGACAGAUAAACGGGUAGCUGGCAGUGGAUAUUUACUCCUGCAUGGACCUGCUCCAACUUCCCAAAAACACUCUGCAAUUAGCCCAGGUCCACUGACUUUUUAAAGACCAACUGACUUCCGUACUAUUGAUAUAAUAUAGUUUAAUCAGGAGAGACUUCGUUUAGAGUGAAUGAAAAACAUUUCUUACGUGGUGCACAAUAAAGUUAGGAUUGUGACGAGAGCCAUAGUCAUAUUUAGGAGGGUAGUGAUCCCGUGGUUAGUGAAGGAAUGCCGCUCCAGUGGGCUGAAGAUCUGGAUGACAGGAUGUGGAGCAGGACUGUGGAAGAACUCAGUGAAAGGAACUCUGGGCACUGGAUAUAAUGAGGACUGGAGGUGAACAAAGUGAAGAAGGGUCAUUUUUUCUCGUGCUGAAAUGACAACUAACAGCAGCAGAGAGAACAGUUUCAAAGUUUGACUGUUUGGAAAGACUGCAGCAAAAUCGCCAAGUAUCGGCUGUGAGAGAUUUGUGAAUAAGUGAAUAGAGAGUCUUCCUGAUUGAAAUAUGUUUUAAAUAUUUAUAGUCCAACUGACCUACUGUGACCUUAUGGGCUGUCUGUGGUCCCGUUGACUCACGAUACUGACUUAUUUUGGCCCAAAUGAAAUACUAAUUUGCUUUCUAAUAGUUAUGGUCAGAUUGAUUAAGCUGUGGCACCACUACCUAAGCAGAGUAUGCUAAUUAUUUUACUCCAGGUGAUACUGAUGUAAUAUCUUAUAGCACUUGUUUAUCAGCUGUUUAUGUUGUACAUACAACAGAACAUAUGAAGGUUUGGGCCAGUGGCCUUUUUUAACAUGAUGUAAAACCAGCAGGUUGGAUCUUGAAUUUGAACAUUCAGUCCUUUCCCAUGCCAGCAGAUGGUGGGAAUUUCCCCCCUGGAUGCAAUCCACUAAGAGACUCACACUUCAGACAACAAUGUCUGUUUGCCACGUUCAGGCGCUGUUAGCUCAGUUGAGAUCUGUAAAUACUUUGUAAAGAUAAGAAAAAACUGUUACAAAUGCACCUGGGACUACGAAGAUCACAUUCCUCAGACAUGUUGUGAUACAUUUACAUACUGUACAAUUGACGGGUGCACAUCUGUGUUUUGUAAAAGAGUGUGAAGUUGUACAAGAAUAACAAUGUAAUUACUUAUUAAAUAUAGCCACUUCUAA